UAUACGCGCUGAUGAGCCACAUUGCACAAAACUGGUGAACAACAAAACAUCCAUGUGAAAGAUGGCGUUGCCUCUCAGCAUGGCAGGUUGUUGUCGUUUAGCGGGGCGUACAGCGGGCAGCCUGCUUUUCCGACCAACCCGUCGAAUGGUUCUGUCAAGCAGGAGGUGCUUUGUCAGUGCCAGCACAAUUAAUAACCUGCAGUUUAAAUUGGACGACCGAACUGCUCACAGCAGUCUGGACCUGUUUAGGCGAGACACUGCCGUGAUCUAUCGUAUUCUGGGCCUUGACCCCAGCCAUGUGCAAGACAACCCUGAGCGCUUCCGCGACUGGGCCGUGGUGUUCGGAGACAGCCGCAUCACCUCUGGUCGGCACUAUUGGGAAGUGACCGUCCGCAAGUCCCAUGAGUUUAGGCUGGGAGUGGCGGAGGCGGCCAUGUCGCGAGACGAGUGCAUCGGCACCAAUAAUACUUCAUGGGUGUUUGGCUACGUGCAGCGCAAGUGGCACGCCAUGACCACCAACAAGAUGGUACCAGUGCCUCUGGUGGGGAAGCCUGACCGCGUCGGCGUGCUGUUGGACUACGAGGCAGGCCGGCUCAGCUUGGUGGACACGCAGAAGAGCAAGAUCAUCCACACCAUCAGCGCCCAGUUCCGCGGGCCACUCUGCCCUGCCUUCGCUCUUUGGGACGGGGAGCUCCUAACACACUCUGGCCUGGAGGUCCCAGAGGGACUGAACUGAGCGCAGACAGGCCUUAUGUGCCAGUUGCUUCCUAGAAAUGCCAAAUCCUCACUCCGGGAAACAGCUGUCCCUCCUCUCUCUGGACUGUCGUAGCGGAGGUGGAAGUAUUAGGUCCUAUUUCAAAAGACUGCUGGACAAGUAACUCUCAUAACACAUACUCUCACUUAAGAUGGCGGCAGCAGAAUAGCUGUGGCUGCUUUGACUGUCCUUAACCAGCUCCGCCUCAGAGCCAAAGCCCUUCAGUUUGCUCCCCCAGGGUCUGUCUCUCUCAGCCCAUAUCUCCAAGAGGCUGACAAUCUUUUAAAGAUCAUCACUAGCCCAGUCCUGAAGCUGAGUAGAGCGUGGUUGAGAGGGGAGGACAAACUGAUGAGCUCUGGUCAACAUCUUGUAUAGCAUUACUUUUUCCCCUUGUUUUUUAAUGGGUACACAUGGAGGGAACACUUUUGUUACUUUCAAUAUUUGUUGUCAUCGGAACAUUUGUACAGGCAUUUCUCAACACAAGCCAAGCAGGUUUUAUGUCACAGUGGAAUAAAAGUUGCAUUUGGGGUCAGAACUGUU